AUGAACAGGAGAGGAAAGAAGAGAGCCGAUCUUUUGGAAAACUUGUUCAAGUCCUUAAGAAAGAGCACGCGAGCGUAUGGAAAGAAAGAAACCAUGGACAUGAUAAAGCUCAAGUACUCUGAAAUGUGGACGUCUCGAAAGUCCCAAAAGGAAAAGGAGCUGGAGCUGUCAGAGACGUCUUCAACUGAUGCAGGAAAGGAGGUGUAUUACAUAGUGGACAACAGCAGCCUAUAG